AUGCUUACGCGAUCGCUGUUGCGGCAGUCGUCGGCUUGGUGUGCGCGCUCGGCUGUUGCAUUGCCAUCCGCGAACGCAGCAGUAUCAUCAUCAUCGUCGGUAGCAGCAGUGGCAGGAGCAUCCCCGUCGAUUGGAGCUGGAGUUCGCCGAUUGUACUCGACCACCUCCGCUCCGUCAUCGGCGCUGUGCCGCGUUGGAGACAAGAGCACCCGCGAUACUGUCUUCACUCCAGAGCAGGUCGGUCAGUUCAGCCAGCUGUCGCAAGAUCUCAACCCACUGCACACGGAUCCUGAAUUUGCAGCCAAGUCGCGAUUCGGGCGUUGCAUUGUGCAUGGCAGCUACAUUGUGGCUGCACUGGCCGGCAUGAUUGGCACCAAGUAUUCCGGUGCAAUCUACAUGGGCCAGACGAUCAAGUUCAAAAAGCCGCUUUUCGUUGGUACACCAUGCUCGCUCAAGCUCGACGUGUUGAAAGCCGACCGCUCUUCUCGCGUGGUCAUCAUUCGCACCUACUGCGAGCAAGACAAUAUUGUGCUGAUGGAUGGCGAGGCGACCAUCAUGCUGCCAAAGACGGCGUUUGAAUAG